AGCCUCCGUUUGGCAACUUCAACUUGGGCUAAAAUAGCCACUACAGUCCAAAAUAGGCUAAAUUAGCCAUUACACGACAAAAUGAGUUCACGGGCAUGACUUACCUACAAGCCGAGUUGAAAGUACGAAACUACCCUUGGCACUGUGUUGACAAAUCCACAGCCUGUAACCCCUCCCCCCACACACACUUCGCAGUAGUUAGGUCAUCCACAGCCGCUCGUCGAAGGAGGCGACCUAAACAGCGUUGCUCGGGGAAGAACCACAGCCAUACCUCUGACAGGCCAACACCACCGGAGUUCAUAUCAGCGGCGACCCUCAUCCUCACUCUCUCAAACACGAUUGAUUUUCAGUAAUGGCUUCCACAUGUACUUCGCCGCGUAACCACUCGAAAAGCAAAGGCAUUGUCAGUGACAAGUCAAGCAGCCUUGAAGAGACACAAAAUCAGUUAAGUCACAAGGCCUCAUGGGACAGUAACUCAGUCCGAGUUUUCCUCCAGUUGAUCGCAAAUGAGAUUAGUAAAGGAAAUCGCCCAUUCUUAGUCCUCAGCCAGGCAGGGUACAAGUCGUUGUCAAGGAAAUUUGAGAGAAAAACUGGAAAAAAACAUGGACUAAAACAGUUGAAGAAUAAGUACAUGAGCUUGAAAAAAGAGUGGCAGGCGUGGACAAAGUUGAUGGAUUCAAGUAAGGGAGUGUCCGGGAUAGGCUUUGACUAUGACACCGGUUUGUUUCAGGCACCUGACGAGUGGUGGGACAAGAUGGAAUCAAUCAACAAGGUGUGUGCGAAGUUCAGGAAAAAAACUUUGGAACACCGUGACUUGAUGGAGACGGUUUUCAUGGGGGCAUCAGCUACUGGGAAGCACCAUUGGACCCCGGGAGAGAUCGUCUCUGAAGCUGAUGAGGCCUCAUCUGAUUCAGUGCGUAGUUUGGGAGCGCAGCCAUUUGCUGAUCCGAUACCCGCAGGAGUACACGACGUGGAUUCCGAUUCUUCACUCGAGCAUGUUCCGAUUGAAAAGCCAAAAAAGAGAAAGACGCCGUCAACAAGUGUUUCAAAGUCGAAGAAGGCAACAAGUGGUGCGUCCGUUAUUGCGGAAAGCAUGGACAGAAUGACAGAUGUGGUUCGUUCGAAGAAUCAGCAGGUCACGGUGAGGCACCUCACAGGCAACGAAUCGCUGUACACUAUUUCCGAGUGCAGGCAUAAGCUGAGCAGUAUUCCAUCCAUGAUUGGUACGUCGUUAUUCCACUUCGCCUCCACACUUAUGGAUAACGCUGAUUACCGGGAGAUCAUGAUGUGCCAGCCUGAUGACGACACAUCAUUGGAUGGCUUACACAGAAACAGCUCCAGUGUACUGCGUUGGCGCCUUUUGCAAACCUGUUUGGGGGUCGCCGGAUGUGAUGUAGCGGUGUUACGAGUGUUUAAGAAACAUCUCCUUGUCUUCCUUUUUAAAAUGUUGACUUAUGGUAUUGUUGGCAAUGUACUAAAACAGGAUGGUGCUGUGUGA